UUAAAACCCGGUGAACACAGACUCCGCCGUUCAAAACCCCACGAAAGAAACGGCAAAACGCAAUUCCACGAAAUUACGAAAAUUCUCAUUUUCAUUUCUCUCUUUUUCUGAAUAAAUACGGAUGCAUCUUCUCUCUCGACCAUGCGACUCCGUUUCCAUUCCACCAAAGCCCUAAAACCCGUUCCCGAUAUUCUUCUGCAACAUUCCAGAUCAGUCCUCGGCAGAAUUUCGAAAUGACUGGCGAGCCCGAAGGCCCGAGCGCCAGAGAUCUUCUCUGCAAUGCUGUUGCCGGUGCUUCCGCAGGAGCCAUUGCUGCCACUUUUGUGUGCCCCUUGGAUGUAAUCAAGACAAGACUUCAGGUUCAUGGGCUUCCUGAUAUGCCUCAUUCUGGUCACAGAGGCAGUCUCAUCAUUACGAGUCUAGAACAGAUAAUAAAAAAGGAAGGCAUCAGGGGAAUGUAUCGUGGCCUUUCUCCAACAAUAUUGGCAUUACUACCGAACUGGGCAGUAUACUUCACAGUUUAUGAGCAACUCAAAGGGCUGCUUCGUUCACAUGUAGAUGGGAAUCAUCAACUUUCAAUCGGUGCGCAUGUGUUAGCUGCUUCAGGCGCCGGAGCUGCGACUGCCAUUGCAACCAAUCCGUUGUGGGUUGUUAAGACCAGACUCCAGACUCAAGGAAUGAGGACAGGAGUGGUGCCGUACAGGAGCAUAUUUUCCGCUCUGAAAAGGAUCGCACAUGAAGAAGGCAUACGAGGAUUAUACAGUGGCCUUUUGCCUGCAUUAGUGGGCGUUAGCCAUGUCGCCAUCCAGUUUCCGGCAUAUGAAAAUAUCAAAGAAUAUUUAGCAAGAAGGGAUAAUACAACCGUGGAUAAGCUCAGUGCAGGAAAUGUUGCUAUUGCCUCUUCAUUAUCCAAGAUACUUGCAUCAACAAUGACUUACCCCCAUGAGGUUGUACGGUCAAGGCUGCAAGAGCAAGGCCAAGUCCGGAAUUCCAAGAACCAUUACAAGGGUGUCAUUGAUUGCGUUAAAAAGGUUUUCCAGAAAGAAGGCAUCCCCGGUUUCUACCGCGGCUGUGCCACUAAUCUGUUAAGAACUACCCCAGCAGCUGUUAUUACUUUUACCAGUUUUGAAACGAUUUAUAGGUUUUUGAAACGUGUUGUACCUUCUGAUGGCCCGAAAUCUGGAAGUCAUUUCAAGCCCCAAAAUGGAAGCAAUGAUGCUGGAGAACCAUCGAAAACCCAAUCUAACAGAAAAAGCUCCUCAAUCCCGUUGAGGAAUAAGGAUCAGCUAACAGCAAGCCAUUGAUCGAGAUGACCCUCCAAUCUUGCCAAUGUCAGGUGAGAUUUUGAGGGAAAAUGGAAAAUUCAAGCAUUUUUAACUUGCAUGUGAAGAUGAAUAAGAAUGAGCAUUGCAAGUGUGAUUGUUAUUUAUUUAAUUUAUUUUUUUUAAUUUUAAUUUCCUGCUAUUUUGAAAGGUCA